GCUGUGCUGAAGUGAAGAGCUCUGAGGAGACGAGGGUUACAGUUUUUACUCCCUUUCACUUGGAUUUUCCCUCAGAGUCUCCACAGUCUUUUAUUUCCAAGCUCCGUUGUUUCGUCGAACAAACGACGUGUUUCUCUUCCUGUCAUUUAAUAGACUCAAUCUGCCGUGCGUUUUGGCGAGGAUGACGGCGAUCAAGGCGCUUCAGCAGUGGUGUAAGGUUCAGUGCGAGGGGUACAGAGAUGUGACCAUCAGCAACAUGAGCACCUCUUUCAGAGACGGACUCGCCUUCUGCGCUCUCGUCCACAAGUUCAGACCGGACCUCAUAAACUUUGAGUCCCUCUCCAAAGACGAUGUGUAUUACAACAAUCACUUGGCGUUCCGUGUGGCUGAAGAUCAUCUGGGAAUCCCAGCUCUUCUGGAUGCAGAGGACAUGGUGGCUUUGCCUGUCCCAGACAGACUCAGCAUCCUCACAUAUGUCUCGCAAUACUAUAAUUACUUCCACGGCCGCUCGCCAAUCGGGGGAGUAGGAGGUAUCAAACGACAUGCUGAGGUCUCAAAGGGGACGCCAUCAGAGAAGAAGAAUCAGCCUGUGGUUGCCAAAAACCACAAUCUUAAAACAAACACAGAGAACCGUCCUCCUCGAACUGAAAUGCCAAAAAAUAUCAGCGACCACCGUCCUACAUCUAUUAACAUCCAGAAAAGUGCUCCAGAGAAGCACAUUGUAGCUACUCCAGCUCGGCAGACUGGCACAGACCGGCAGAAAUCUCCAGGGCCAAAAUGUGUUCAGGCGCCCGGCACGCCACUCAGAGCGAGAUCUCCACAGCCACACCGAGACGCUGAGAAGAAAGCUGUUUUGGUGGAGAAUUCAAAUAAAAGUGGCACGCUGAACAGUGUUUGUGCAGUAUGUGGAAAUCAUGUACAUCUGGUCCAGAGACACCUGGUGGAUGGAAAACUCUACCACCGGAGCUGCUUUAAGUGUAGUGUAUGCUAUGGCACACUGAAAUCUGGGGCAUAUAAACUGGGAGCAGACAAUGGCUCACUGGUCUGCAUCAUUCACCAACAUGGCCAAAAUGAUUUCAAGCCUACUGUUCAGCCUUGUGAGAGCAGUGGCUUUACGCUUACUGAUUUGGUAUCCAAAUCUGACCGUGGCGAUCAGCCAUCUUCCAAGCGCUACACAUCUGUACUAUCUGCACCAAUCAAAGCUGUGCCCCGACCCGUGGAGCUCAGUCUUGCUCCGCAGUCAUGGACCGCCUCUGCUCAGAGGACUCAGGAAGCCAGGCAGAAGUUUUUCCAGUCCUGUGGUCCUUCAGCAGAGCAUCGAUCCACCACAAGACAGCAGUCAGGCCCCUCAGAGUCCUGCACCAAUCAGAACACGAGUCUGAAGAUGGAGGAGAAAGACCCAACCAAUGCACUGACAAAUGGAAAACUAUUUGAAGGAAACACGAAUAACAACAAUGCGCUUAAUUCUGACCCAGGAGCACAGAGGCAGAUAAAAAUCAGAUGCUCUUCCGCUGAAGUAUCUGGCUGGAGGCAGGAGUUACACGGACGAGAUGCAACAGGAAGGAGCUCCUAUCAGGUCACUUCAACCAGCUCUGCUACCAGCAAUAGUGGCAUGAGCACCAAAGUAUCCCUCUACCUCAGUGCCAUCAGCAAGGAGCGCAACAGACCUCCAUCCCUGCUGCUCUCUACUGCCAAAGCCAAAGACGUUCAGAGCUGCGAAGCCCCAACUGACUGGAGAUCAAAGCCAAAGGCAGUUCCAAAUGGACCAAGACUCAACAGGCGGAUGCCUCCUGUCUCCCCCAUAGUGUUUGACUGCCUCAGAGUGCAUCCUCUUACUCUAUCCCCAAUCCUCACCAGUCCUAAGGAGUGCUCCUCUUGUUACUCCAACAGUUCUGUUGAGACCUAUGAUGUUCAGGGUUCUAAAGGUCCUGACUGUUCAUUGUCCUCAUGUAUUUUGCGCUCUCAGUCCUGUCACAAACCUUCAUCUCCAAAACAACCUCGCUGCUGGUCGGUGACAUCAAGUUACGACAAUGGAAAGAUUUCAUCGAAAAAUGGCUUGCCCACAAUAAAGCCUUGCCACAUCACACCAGAUCAGAUCUCAAUAGAGUUGCAGGACAUUGAGAACAAGCUGUACAAUCUGGAGAACGAAGGGGUGGAGUUAGAGAGGAGACUUCGCAUUUAUGAAGAAGAGGGUCAUGGAGACCUGCUGUUGGAUCCCUUGGUGGUGGACUGGUUUGACCUGAUUGGGAAAAAACAAAGCUACAUACUGAGGGAGUCAGAGUUGAUGUACACUUUCUCAAUCUGUUUCGGAGCAAGAACACAUGAUCUGGAGGAGCAACAGCCUGGAGUAGAAGGAGAGCUCAGGAGAUUGAUCGGUAAACCAGAACUAGUCAAGACUCUGGGUGAGAAGAAGAGGGAAACUGUGCUGUUGAACAGACUGCAGAUGGUAAAUGACAGGAAGGCCAUUGUUGAAGGGCUGGAGGAGGACAGGAUAAGGGAGAAGGAAGAUCAACAGACAUUGAAUGAGAUGAUGCAAAGACUGGGUCUUCAGAAGUUUAAAAACAAAUGCAAGUCAUCCUUCUCAAAGUUAUUUAGACGCAGAAGUAAAAAAGCCUCAAUGGGAUAGUGAAUCUGAGAGUUGCUGGAGUGAAGUAAUCCAGAUGUUCAGCUCGAGCCUGUUUGUGACCCUUAGAUGGUUUAAAACAAAGUGAGAUUAAUGUAACGCAUCUGUCAGGCAAGUAAGUGAGUUCGUUUGAGUUCUUGGAGCAAAAUGUUCUGUUUAAAAACUUAUUUUGUUCUAUUUCACUUCUUAUUUGGUUAAGCUAAUUCUAGUUGUAUUAAUUUGUUCAUAGUUAACAUAUUGGUCCUUUACACUUUUGCCUUUAAAUGUGUGGGCUAGUUUGAAUUGUUCAAAAAAACAUUUUAUUUUCCUGUCACCCCCUCACUUGUUCAGACAUAAACUAUAACUUAUAUUAGCAGAUAAACAAACAGAUGCCCAAUGCUGGCUGAAGCACGCUACUUGACUGUCAUCCAAGAAUCUGUGGAGCAUCUUAACUGAACCUUAACCCCCUAAAAAGAUAAUUUAACAGCUAAAUCUAGAGAUCUUGAAGAUGCAGUGCUUGCAGUGACCUGAAGGAGGCACUAUGAGCUCACAUGCAUUAGCACAUUCAGAGUUUUCUGGUUUCUUAUUUUAUAUUCCUGAGAAAGCUAAAUCAAGCUGGAGAUUAGACUGUAGCGGAUCUUGUGUGCUGGAAAGGCAUGGAUUAUUGGUUUUAUUCUCUUUUUAAGUCCUCUAACCUAGUUCGAUUUAAAAAUGUACCUAAUUUAACUUAUCUAAGAAAUAGUCUUUUUCAAAGAUGUCUUUUACAUGGUGUUUAAAUAUGACUUGACUGUUUGGAAAAACCCACCGAAUGAAUGUUUUAGGAAGUUUUUAAAAGCUCUCUUGAGAGAUGCUUACAGAUGGUUGUGCUUAUUUAUUGUAUUUGACUUCUAAAAUGAGUCUCUAAUAAAUCUUAAUGAAGUUUCUUAUUGUACCCUAAA